UGUGUGUGUGUGUGUGUGUGUGUGUGAGUGCAGCAGCAAGCAAAAAGCCAAGAGGAGGAGGAGGAAACCUGAUCCCACUCCCUCUCCCCGUCUGCCUGUGUGGAGCUGCGCUCAUCGUCCUCAGCAUCGCUGCUAGCUUAGCCCGGCCCAGUUUGGACCCGGUUUGGACCCGCGGCGCGCCGGGAUGGAGCGGUUCCUGGCCCUGCUGCGCCUCCUGAGCCGGAGGCGGCGAGGGAGGCGGUACCGGGCGGACGACGACUACCAGGAAGGCUACGAAGACGUUUACUACUACACCAGCAAGUACAACACACACCUUCUGAAUGAAGGGCCGUACACAAAGCACCCUGCCGGGUCGCGACCUCCAGAUGGAGCGCUGGCCAUCAGGAGGCAGAGUAUUCCAGUGACCUGUUUUUCAGAAGAGUUUCGGGGCUGCACGGUGGUGGAGCUGAUGAAGAAGGAGGGAACUACGCUCGGACUCACCGUUUCAGGAGGAAUCGACAAAGACGGGAAGCCUCGGGUUUCGAACCUGCGACAAGGAGGGAUCGCUGCAAGGAGUGACCAGCUGAAUGUGGGCGACUACAUCCGCUCGGUCAACGGCAUCAACCUGGCCAAGUUCAGACACGACGAGAUCAUCAGCCUGCUGAAGAACGUCGGGGAGCGUGUGGUGCUGGAGGUCGAGUACGAGCUGCCGCCCGUCUCCGUGCAGGGGUCAGGGGUCAUUUUUAAAAAUGUGGAAGUGACGCUUCACAAAGAAGGGAACAGCUUCGGCUUCGUCAUCAGAGGAGGAACGCAUGAGGACAGGAAUAAGACCCGCCCCAUCGUCAUAACAACCAUCCGGCCGGGCGGACCCGCCGAAAGAGAAGGAACCAUCAAGCCAGGCGAUCGGUUGCUAAGCAUCGAUGGGAUUCGUCUCCAUGGCAGCACGCUGUCGGAGGCCAUGAGCAUCCUGAAGCAGUGCGGCCAGGAGGCCACGCUGCUGAUCGAGUACGACGUGUCGGUGAUGGACUCGGUUGCCACGGCGUCGGGCCCCCUGCUGGUUGAGGUUGCCAAGGCGGCAGGAUCCAGCCUGGGCGUGGCUCUGUCCACCUCCAUGUUCUGCAGCAAGCAGGUCAUCAUCAUUGACAAAGUCAAACCAGCCAGCAUAGCAGACAGGUGUGGCGCUCUUCAUGCCGGGGAUCACAUCCUGUCUGUCGACGGGAAGUCGAUGGAGUUCUGUUCUCUGGCUGAAGCCACUCAGCUUCUCUCUGCUUCCUGUCAAACCGUCCGCAUGGAGAUUCUGCCACAACACCAGGCCCGACCGGCCCUGAACGCACCGCAGCACGUCAAGGUGCAGCGUAGUCCCCGCCCCCUUCCCUGGGAAACUGGAGGCUCCGCCCCCAUCCUCCCUCCCUACCACUACAACACCUACCACCCCGACCAAUCAGGCGCCAGAUCCCACAACCGCCAUACAAACAACCCUCCUCUCAGCCACUCGUUUUCUCCCGGCUCCAUGUCGGCCUACAGCCUGUCGUCCCUCAACAUGAGCACUCUGCCCAGGAACAUGUAUCCCACGAGUCCGCGCAGCACCAUGAUGAGGAGGAAGGCCAAGAAGAAGGACUUCAAAAGCUCCUUGUCUCUGGCCUCCAGCACCGUCGGCCUCGCCGGUCAGGUGGUCCACACGGAAACCACGGAGGUCACGUUGCUAGGCGACGGCAUCAUGGGCUUUGGCCUGCAGCUCCAGGGCGGAGUCUUUGCGACAGAGACGCUGUCGUCACCGCCGCUCAUCGCCUACAUUGACCCAGACAGCCCUGCAGAGAGGUGCGGCAUCCUGCAGAUCGGUGACAGGAUCCUGUCGAUUAACGGCGUCCCGACCGAAGACUCGACCUUGGAGGAAACCAACCAGCUGCUCAGAGACUCGUCCAUCACGGCUCAGCUCACGCUGGAGAUUGAGUUUGACGUGGCAGAGUCUGUCAUUCCCAGUUCGGGGACGUUCCAUGUGAAACUCCCAAAAAAACCAGGAGUGGAGCUGGGAAUCACCAUCAGCUCUCCAUCCAACAGGAAACCAGGUGACCCUCUGAUCAUCUCCGACAUCAAGAAAGGCAGCGUCGCUCACAGGACGGGAACCUUGGAGCUGGGAGACAAGCUGCUGGCCAUCGAUAACAUCCGGGUGGAGAACUGCUCCAUGGAGGAGGCCGUGCAGAUCCUCCAGCAGUGUGAGGAACUCGUCAAACUCAAGAUCCGCAAAGACGAAGACAACUCUGAUGAGCAGGAAGUGUCCGGCAGCAUCAUCUACACAGUGGAGCUGCAGAGGUACGGUGGCCCAUUAGGAAUCACCAUCUCUGGCACCGAGGAGCCCUUUGACCCCAUCAUCAUCUCCUCGCUGAGCAAAGGAGGGCUGGCUGAGAGGACGGGGGCGAUCCAUGUGGGCGACCGCAUCCUGGCGAUCAACAGCAGCAGCCUGAAGGGGAAGCCUCUGAGCGAAGCCAUCAGUCUGCUGCAGCAGGCGGGAGAGACGGUGACGCUGAAGAUCAAGAAGCAGGGAGAGCUGUCGAGCCCAAAGACCUGCGUGAUUGGUCCAGGCCUGGGGGCGGGGCUUAACCUGGACGGCCAGGAUGGGGAGGAGGAGCCUGUGAUCACUGCGGUGCCUCCGACCAAUCAGAGAGCGUUCAGCACGCUGCCGUCUGUGGACAGCGCCGUGGACUCCUGGGACGGGUCCAACAUGGACAGCAGCUUCUCCACCACAGCUCCACCUUUUCAGUCGUACAGCUUCCAUGAGUGGCGCGGCGUCAAGACGACCAACAGCCAAUCAUCAGCCAGGCAGAGAGCCAAUCCACUGUCGGAUCUGGGGCUGAGCGACGACGACUGGGACCGCCCGCUGCUCGGAGGCGGCUCUAAUCUGCCCAGCGGAAAAAUCACUGACAGCAGGUUCUCCGUGGGUCACGACGGAACCGAACCCGACCAGGAGGAGAACUUCUGGUCUCAGGCGCUGGAGGACUUGGAGACCUGCGGUCAGAGCGGCAUCUUACGAGAGCUGGAGGCAACCAUCAUGUCGGGCUCCACGCUCAGCCUGAACCAUGACCCCACGCCGCUGCGCAGCACGCUGGGCCGCCAGUCCAGCUUCCAGGAGCGAAACAGCUCCAAACCACAGGUGAACCCACGCUCCAACACCUUGCCCUCUGACCCCCAACGCAGAGCCUUUGCGAUGAAAAAGAUGAGGCAAGAAGUGAACGACAUCCUAAACCAAAACCCUGUGGAGCUCCAUAAGCUCACCUUGGAAAAGGCCUCAGACCUGGAGGAUUUCGGAUUCAGUGUCUCUGACGGGUUGUUGGAUCGCGGCGUCUACGUAAAUAACAUCCGACCAGGUGGGCCAGCCGAACGGGGCGGCCUCUGUGCCUAUGACCGAAUACUACAGAUUAACCACGUCCGGACCAGGGACUUCGACUGCUGCCUCGUCGUUCCUCUCAUCGCAGAGUCUCCAAACCGGCUGGAACUGGUCAUCAGCCGAAACCCCUCCUCUUCCUCCACCGCCGCCCCGCUGGCCAACCACAACGACGGCAUGGCCAACAGCAGGCACUCCCCUCAGCCAACCAGCGCUGAGGUGGGGCCGGCAGAGAUCUCUGUGGAACAGGUGGAAGACUGCGGUCCAAUCAAGUGGAACCAACCGAGAGACGUGUUGGGGGUGGGGAAGGUCACCAACAGCUCCUUAUAGCAGACAAGAACCGGAUCAAACUGGAAUCAGCCGCUUAUGACCAGAGUGGACUGGAGAGGUCAGUGGGGAAGUCAGUAGUAUAUCAUGGAAAUCAAACUGGUUUGCUUAAACUGGUUCAAAGUGGACCUCUCGUGGUGUUACACACACCCUCUGGAUGGACGUUGGCCUUUGACCUCUUAAGUUUGACCCUUGGAAGAACUGCUGAAGCAGCUUAAAAGCACACCAGUGGACUGGAAGAAGCCUCCUCACACCGUCACCAGAACCAGUUCUAGAUACUGGGCCAACUGAUCCCACUGGAGUCACAGCUGGAGCUACUGGAAUAAGUGGUUCUUUGAGUCCAAAGCCAGAGCUACUGGUCCAACCGAAGCCACGAACGCAGCCAACUGCAUCUGCAGGAUGGAGGCCCAAUGAAACCAGAACCACAUUGGAUGGUUUUAUUCUUCUGGGUCAAUGGUUCUUGGUUCUAGGAGCUCGACCCGGGACUUAUUGUCCUGCCUGUCUGGUGAAAGGCAUGUUGGUUCUGGUCUUGGUCAGAACCACAGCCAAUGGGCUUCACUGGUCCAAGACGUUGAUUCUGGUCUUGGUUUCAAAGCCUGGUUCUAAGUGGGCCAAAGCCACAGGUAAUGGCCUUACUGGUCCAAGCAGUCCAGAACCACCUGCUGGUUCUAGUUGAGGUCUUUGUGCCAGAGAUGUGGCCACUGCUUCAUGGCUUCUGGUUCCAGCAUAACGGCUUCAGGCUCUAGUGGUUACAGAUCCACAGCAGCACAACUACUGACUGGGUUCGAGUCCUGAAUCCAGAACCUAACAAUAGAUAGGAAGGUUGCCAAGGAGACGAGGGAUGCUCCAAUCUGAGGGUCUACAUCUGUUUGUUUUCUCUUAAGAGAACCUGAAGUGAAGGUGGAAUUCAGUUUUAUCUUUAAUAAUCUGAAAUCACCGGUCCAAAGUAAGACCAUAUCACUGCUAUUUGAUCCAGAAAAUCACUCUGGGCUUUAGGUUUCAAACGCUGUGGAUGCACCUGCUCAAAAUGAUCUUUAACCUUAAUGAAGAUAACCUUUCAAACACUGUUUAACAUUCUGGUGAGCACUAAAAGAAACCCAAACUUGACUAAGUGAGGUUUCAGGUUCAGGAAGGCAGACAGUUACUGGACCUAAACGGUUUGGUUCAAGGUGUAUUCCCUGUUUAGUCCGCUUUAAUCAAACUCUACCUUGUCUAGAAAGUCCGGUUUGUUUGGGAAGGUGUGAAUACGUAUUGAAAGAUUUUCUGAAAUUGACCACUUUUUAGCUGAAAUAUUUCAAUUUGGACAUUUUGGAAGCUGUUUCUGAAUCAGUUGGUACUGAUUGGAGCAUCCCUACCAACACAAAGAUGGAGAAUUUACUGUAGGGAUUUUUAGUUUUGUGCCAUAAAUGAGCUGCUGAACGAAAGAUGCAGAGUAAUUAUAAUGAUGAUGAUGAUGAUGACACUGAGCAGUUCAAUAAGAAUCUUUUUCUACGGUUUACAGCAGUUGGACUGGCCACACUGUGUAUGUCUGUGUGUGUGUGUGCGCGUGUGUGUGUCUGUGUUACAAACGAGGCCAGUUAACUCCGUUUCCUGUCUUGGCUUUAUCCUAACGUCUCUCCUUCCCUCAACCAAUCAGCAGCCAGGAUGAGAGACGACGGCACAUCGGCUGAUUGGCUGGAACCAAUCAGAACGCAAACAGUUCCCUGCCUGUGUGUGAUUGGUUAGUGUAUGUGUUGAGGAGAGCCAAUCAGCUCCCAGAAAAGAGGCCAAGCAUGCCCCCUCUCCCCUCCCUUUUCCAGCCCCAGUAACGGUGACCUAUUAUGCUAAUCAAUAAGUGUGAUUUUGAUUGACUGUUGUCAGUUCUCUGUUCGUUUCAGUGGCAACCAAACCUAAAAAGAUGUACAGAAGUUUAAAAAGAAAAAUGGUUGACGUCGCUGUUCACAUCUAGACCAUCAAAUCCCAGUAACCUUCACCUUAUAACCACAAAAACGAUGUUACAUGAGAAAAAACCUGUCGGAUCAGGAAAACUGUGACACUAAACACAUUUUCUGUGUGUUUGAGAGCGAAUGAUGUGUAACUGUUUACGUUGGAUGUCAGCAUCUUCCUGCUCUUCUCAGUCUGAACUCACUAUUUAAACUGGCCAAUCAGAACCCUCCCUCAGCAUCAACAGCCAAUCAGAACCCUCCUUCAGCAUCAACAACCAAUAGGAACCCUCCCUGAGCUGGGAGGGUCCAAUGCAGUGGGUUAUUGACUGGUUGACUCUGAUUCUCUAAUCUGAAUAAGCACAUUACCCGCAUAUGGUUAGCAAACAUCGAGCACAGGGCUAACACAGCACAAAGGUAGUCAGGACUAGUUAAAUUAAAUCACCUAGUAGAUUGUUAGUGAUCAAACCCAGGGCAAGCACGGCCAGUCUGUAACUAGCACAGACCUUGCACAAUGCCACAACAGGGCUAACGUUUACUAACUGAGCAGCUGAUUAGCAUGUGGCUUGCACAUUAGGUUUUGUACGGAUGCUUUUCAAAGUCAAGGGACUUCCUGAUCUAGAAUGUGAAAUUAAAUUAGAUCUGUUUUGAGGUAAAGUCUCCAUCAGAUCAUUAAAUAUCCCAAAAAGUUGCUGGUGGCUAACCAGUCAGCUAGCAAUGGGUAUCCAAGGGCUGAAUCUUUCAAAGGUUGACGAAGAAGCCAAUGAAGGUUGUCAGAUGUGACCAUAAAUGCAUUGUCUGAAGUGCUGUACUGUCAAGUUCACAGCUGCUCACUUCUGGUCUUUGCAGUCAACAAAGUGCCCGGGUAUCAAUUGGGAAGGGCGGAUUCUUUGAAGGAUGUCUUUGCAACCAUUAGCAUUACGUUGUAGGAUUACCUGUUUUCUAUCUUUAAGAGAGGAGGAACUUUGAAGUCUUUAGUGCGGCUGUGAAACUUUGAUGGUAGUUCAAGUGUUUUGUUGGACUAAUUGGCCACUUAGUUCAUUUGGUCCCACUAAAACCAGAGUGAAAAGUUAGGUCACAUCCCAGAUAACAAGUUUCAUUCUUUUCAGUACCAAGGUUUCUAUAAUUACCUUCCUCUGUACGGUGGCUAAACUCUGCCUUAGAGAUAAGGUGAUAAGGAAGAACUUGGAGUAGAGAAUCUGCUUCACAGCAAAGAAGUCACCAACGAUGGUACGGGAAUUUUUUAGGAUUCCUCCUAGACACUCCUCUGUGGAGAUAUCCUAACCACAUUGCACCUGGAGAAGAAUAGCUUAGGUCAACAUUCAGGAAUUCUCUCUGGCCAAGACAUUCCGGAAGUUUGUUAGUCCCGAUGGACCUGGUGCCUCCUCAACCUGAUCUCAUAGGCAGAUAUUCAUCCAUCAGUCACUUGCUUUCUGAAAACCUAAAACCUUUCCUACUGCUGGUCAAAAUCAAGAAGGCAGGUUUUCAAGCUCUGUCGUCAUUACAACCAAUUUUUGUGUUACUUUGGUGUGGAGUGCCUUUGAUGAUAUCUUUGUUCUCCCAUUUUGUGAUGAAACAGAACAGAUGCAAGUGCCCUUUUAAAUCUGGACUUCUGGCAGCUCUAUUUAUAGCUGAGCAUAAAAUGGCUGUGAGAAAGAGUAGCACCUCUAAGUUUGAAACUAUGGUUGUAAGAAGGUGGAGAAGAAAUUGAGAAGGCAACCAUCUAGCUCAUCAAUCUUGCUAGCAUUCAUUCAGAUUGUCUGAAAUUAAGAAAUUUGUCACAAGAAAUAUAUGUAGUCAGUAUGCUCGCCUAUGAAACCACAACCGACCGCAGAGAGUGCAUAGAGUCCGCGUUGCGCACAGAUUGCGCACAGUAUGUCUAUAUGUGGGGGCCUUAAGUUCUGCUUUCCACUGAGUGCCUUUAUGCUUCUGCCACAUUCGCUAUGCCACACUCAACACACUUCAAUAGACAACCUAGGGUUGAGUCCAUUGGCCCAAGGCACCUCAAAAUGUGGCGGGAAGGGCUAGAAUUGAAUUCACAACCUUUUGUCUGCAAGAUGACUACUUUAACCUUACUUAGGAAUAAGGUAGACUUGACAGGAUUGGAGUCUGCUUCUCUGCACUGAGCAACGCCAUCUGAGAUGGUUUCAACAUUGGUUGAAAUGCUUUAUAGAUGCCUUUUACUGGAGAUCUUUGCUGGUGCCACUGGAAGGAACCAUGAAGCAUGGUCUCCAUGAUUUCGUAGAGAGAUUUCAUCUAACAAAAAACUUGCGAAUAUCUCAGAAUUUCUACAGUUCAGCUGGACAUUUGAGGAUAUUCCUGAUGCUGUUGCACCACAAGCCAGAAUGAUAGAUGAAUAGGUAGAAGGAAGCAAAGGAGUACAAAGAUGAACAUAGCAUCCUUGGGAUAUCCCUGACUUUGGAAAGCACCCGUAGUAAAUAUGAACUGUAGGUCAGUCCUAAAAUUACGUUCUAAGAGUGAGAACAAUGAUGGUACCAAAUCUUGGCCUACACCACAAAGCAGAAUUAGUCAAAACUUCCUCAUUUCUUACCAUGUUGUUUUAUUUAUUCAACUAUACUGCAUAGAAGUUAAGUUUGGGAAGACAAUCCCAGUUAAAAAUGGGUCAACAUCCUUCACUUUCAUCAGUUUUACUUCCUUGGACAGCUUAAACAAUGGUUCUGCAGCCAACUUACAAUGCUUUGACCCAUAAUUUAGCACCAUACUUUGUGUUUUCCUUAUAAAAUUUGUAGCUUCAGCUCUGUGGACAGGAUUGGGUUGGAUUUGUGAAACCAGCUUUGUAGUUGAGGCCAAGUUGUCCUGAAUGUUCAUGUACGAUUGAGAGGUAAAACAUGGCUACUAUCAUGAUAUAUGCAAGCAUGGCAAACAAACCAGGCUACCACAUGAACAAAACAUUAGCUAAUGGCAACAUUUUAGCGCUCAGUCAACACAAACCUCUUGACCAAUGAGAACACCCGCAGAGCUGAGGGGCGUGGCUUCAGAAGGUUUGACGAGUGAGGUCCAAAGCCAUACACACUGUGCUUGCGUGUAUGUAAAUAAAAAGUGUGUACGUAUGUUAGAGUGUGCGUUUGUAUUUGUGUGCAUGUGUGUGUAAUAUUGCAGGGAUUUGCACUCUGGUGAUUAACCUCAGCAAAACAUGUGCACACAGACACACACACACAUAUAUACACACGUGCACUGCACUGCCAUUUAAAAUAGUGGGUCAGAUUAGAUUCCAUGUAGCUUCACCAACCAACCAAACUGUAUUUUUCUUUUUCUUUAAAGGAACAGGGAUGUUGUAAAGUAUUUUUGUACAAAUUUAAUACUUUGGUAGCAUGACGUUCCUGGUGUUUGUCCUGGUCCUGUCGGGCUCCACUGAUCUACUCCACCCCCCUUUGUAUGGACUACUACUGAGCAACAAUAAAGAUGAAAACCUACUGAA